AUGGCACUCUCUAAGCUUCCUCUCUUCACUAUCUUCUUCUUCUUGUCCACUUUACUUUUUAUAUCUUCACAAGCUUUAUCAUCAAAAAUAGCAGUGACGCAAAUCAAGGAUCAACAAGAUAAUGAGCCAUUCGUGGGAAUCAACAUAGGAGUAGAUGUGUCGAAUCUUAUGUCAGCAGCAGAACUUGUUUCAUUUCUACAAUUUCAGAAGGUUACGCAUAUCAGGCUCUAUGAUGCAGACCCUGAAAUGCUCAAGGCCUUGGCUAAAACCAAGAUCCGGGUCAUUAUUAGUGUCCCAAAUAAUCAGCUUCUUGCUAUUGGCUCCUCUAAUGCAACAGCAGCUUCUUGGAUUGGUAAAAAUGUUGUUUCUUAUUAUCCGGAAACUGUAAUUACAGCAAUUGCUGUUGGUGAUGAGGUUUUGACUACUGUACCCUCUUCAGCUCCUUUGCUUAUGCCAGCUAUUGAGUCUCUUUAUAGUUCUUUAGUGGCUGCAAAUUUGCAUAAUCAGAUCAAGAUUUCAACUCCACAUUCUGCUUCAAUAAUUCUUGAUCCUUUCCCACCUUCUCAGUCUUUUUUUAAUCAGAGUUGGAGCUCAGUUAUGCAAUCUUUGCUUCAGUUUUUGUCAAAAACUGGGUCACCUUUGAUGAUGAAUCUUUAUCCUUACUAUGUGUUUAUGCAAAAUAAAGGAGUGGUGCCUCUUGAUAAUUCUUUGUUUAAGCCCUUGACACCAUCUAAAGAAAUGGUUGAUCCUAAUACUUUGUUGCAUUACACUAAUGUUCUUGAUGCUAUGGUUGAUGCUGCUUAUUUUUCGAUGAAGAAUUUGAACUUUACUGAUGUUGUGGUUCUUGUUACUGAGAGUGGUUGGCCUUCAAAGGGUGAUUCAAAAGAGCCUUAUGCUACCAUUGACAAUGCAGAUACUUAUAAUUCUAAUUUGAUUAAGCAUGUUUUGGAUCGUAGCGGGACUCCUUUGCAUCCAGAAAUCACCUCUAGUGUGUAUAUAUAUGAGUUGUUCAAUGAGGACUUGAGGUCACCACCAGUAUCAGAAGCAAAUUGGGGUUUGUUUUAUGCGAAUUCGACGUCGGUUUAUUUGCUUCACGUAUCGGGAAGUGGGACAUUUUUGGCUAAUGAUACAACCAACCAAACAUAUUGUGUUGUUAUGGAUGGUGUUGAUUCAAAGACAUUGCAGGCAGCAUUGGAUUGGGCAUGUGGACCAGGAAGGGCUAAUUGUAGUGAGAUUCAGCCAGGGGAGGAUUGUUACCAGCCUAACAAUGUGAAGAACCAUGCCUCUUAUGCAUUUGAUAGCUAUUACCAGAAGGAAGGAAGGGCUGCUGGGUCCUGCGAUUUCAAGGGUGUAGCCAUGAUCACCACUACUGAUCCAAGUAUGUGUUUUCCGCUCUUAAUGUCUUAA